CCGUAUUCCACUAUGAUCUUCGGCAUUAAGGAUGGACUUAGACGCGGUUGAACGAGAGCCGCGUACUCAGAUUCGGGCAACGGAGAGUUUCAUCACAAUGAUGAUUUCCAGCCUCAUCUCGACGAAGGGUAGUUGGGCAGACAUAGCGCCCUCUACAGAUCAAGUAUAAAAGGCACGGGUUAGUACAGCGUCGGAUUCUCUUUUGGAAAUACACCAGGCAAAACAAUCAUCUACUUCAAUACAAUACCAUAUACCUUUACUACCAAUACCUUUUGGUUGACUUGUGACUAUGGCUGUCUCAUCACGACCACCUGCCAACGGGUUUGUGGCUGCCAUGCGCAAGCUCUACAAUCCCAUCGGCUUCGCCAAGGGCUACAACUUUACGUUCUGGUUCAUCUUUGCUGGUGCCAUGCUAGGAUUUUGUCUUGCACGGAUAAUGUACCUCGACUUCAACGGUAUCUACUGCUCGCCGUUCCGCCAAGGCAUGAACUCUGCGGGCCCAGGAGAGUGCUGGACUUACAACAGCAAGACACGCUAUCUUAUCGGCAUAAAGAUGCAUCUCUACACCAUCAUCCCUGCUGGUAUCUUGGUCUGCGCCCAGUUUACACCAGUGAUCCGCCAUAAGUUCAUCCUCGUCCAUCGCAUUACUGGGUACUUGGUUAUCGCGCUCAGCUUGGUCGCCAUCGUUGGUGCCCUUAUGGUUGCCAGCGGAACUUUUGGAGGUACUAUUGAGACGCAAACUGGAAUUGGCUUCGUUGCCAUUCUAUUUGUUGGAUCCCUCGCGAUAUCAUACUACAACGUUAAGAGGCUGCAGAUUGAGCAGCAUCGCGCCUGGAUGCUCCGAGCCUGGUUCUAUGCUGGUUCAAUUAUCACUCUCAGAAUAAUUUCGAUACUUGCCAUCACGAUACGAGAAGGUACUGACGAGAUGUAUAAAGCUCUACCAUGCCGCGAGGUCAUUGCAUUGGCCAACAACAUUACACAGGCGCUAUCACAGUACCCUAUCUGCCAGGAUGAGAAUGCUUUCGUGGCAGUAAAGGGCUCCUUGAGUAGCAAUGGUGCUGCAGGUGUUGCUGCGGCUAUGCAGGUCAACUUUGGCAUGGCUCUAUGGCUUGCUUUCGCGAUCCAUGCAGUUGGUGUGGAGAUCUAUCUACAACUUACUCCUAAAGAGGCUGAACGGCUGCGCAAUGUCUCGUACCAGAGACAGUUGGAAGCCGGAUACUCAAAUCCUGGGAGUGCAGGAUUAACGGUUGACCGUCUUGGUGAUAGCAACCCAUGGAGCCCGACUGAGAAGAAUAAAUCAUAAGUGUGUUUAAGUUUAGCGGCGCAGGAUGUACUCAAACUAG